CAGCGUGAGAGAGAGGUAAUCAACAGUGCAUUCACGGCCAUGAGCCAGCCCACCCCAAUCACCACGGAGCUGCCCAGCCAUCCCGAGGAGAAGAGCUUGACCAUCGGGGUUAUAGACAUCGUGGUCGUCGUCAUUUACUUUGUCUUUGUCCUUGCCGUCGGGAUAUGGUCGUCUGUACGGGCAAGUCGGGGGACAGUCGGAGGCUAUUUCCUGGCUGGACGGUCCAUGACGUGGGGGCCGAUCGGAGCAUCUCUGAUGUCAAGCAACGUGGGCAGCGGGCUGUUCAUCGGCCUGGCAGGCACGGGGGCGGCCGGGGGUCUUGCUGUCGGGGGCUUUGAGUGGAACGCUACCUGGGCACUGCUGGCCCUUGGCUGGAUUUUUGUGCCCGUCUACAUUGCUGCCGGUGUCAUCACCAUGCCCGAGUACUUGAGGAAGAGAUUUGGAGGACAAAGGAUUCAAAUCUACAUGUCUGUGCUGUCCCUCAUUCUCUAUAUAUUCACCAAGAUAUCAACAGAUAUUUUCUCUGGGGCGCUAUUCAUCCAAAUAUCCCUGGGCUGGAACCUUUACCUCUCAACGGUGGUCUUGCUGGCAGUGACGGCUGUCUACACGAUUGCUGGCGGUUUAACAGCUGUUAUGUACACGGACACCCUGCAGACUGUGAUCAUGGUGAUAGGAGCGCUGGUGCUCACGUUCAUAGGGUUUGAAAAAAUCGGCUGGUAUGAAGGACUCAAAGAGAAAUACAGCACAGCGAUCCCCAGCGUCACCGUCCCAAACACGACGUGCCACCUCCCGCGCCCGGACGCUUUCCACAUGCUCAGGGACCCUAUCACUGGGGACAUCCCUUGGCCUGGCCUGAUAUUCGGCCUCUCGGUGCUGGCCCUUUGGUGCUGGUGCACGGACCAGGUGAUAGUUCAAAGGUCCCUCUCCGCCAAGAGCGUCUCUCAUGCGAAGGGUGGAUCGGUGCUGGCGGGCUAUUUGAAAAUACUCCCUAUGUUUUUCAUUGUCAUGCCGGGUAUGAUCAGCAGAGCCCUCUACCCAGAUGACGUGGGAUGCGUGGACCCGAAAAUCUGUGAAAAGGUCUGUGGAGCAAAAGUGGGUUGUUCUAACAUCGCCUACCCAAAGCUGGUGAUGGAGCUCAUGCCCAUAGGACUCCGGGGUCUGAUGAUAGCCGUGAUGAUGGCAGCCCUCAUGAGUUCCCUCACCUCCAUCUUCAACAGCAGCAGCACGCUCUUCGCCAUCGAUAUCUGGCAGAGGGUCCGCAAGAAGGCUUCAGAGCAGGAGCUCAUGAUUGUUGGCAGAGUCUUCAUUCUCAUCCUUGUCGUCAUCAGCAUCCUGUGGAUUCCCCUCAUUCAGACGGCCAACAGCGGCCAGCUCUUCGACUACAUCCAGUCCAUAACCAGUUACCUGGCCCCACCCAUCACUGCCCUCUUCCUCCUGGCCAUCUUCUGCAAGAGGAUCAAUGAGCCUGGGGCUUUCUGGGGCCUCAUGUUCGGCCUGACGGUCGGCCUCGUUCGGAUGAUCAUGGAGUUCUGCUAUCAGACGCCGUCCUGCGGCGAGGAGGACCGCAGACCGGGCGUGCUGAAGGAUUUGCACUACCUCUACUUCGCGCUCAUCCUCUGCGGGCUCACGGCCAUCGUCAUCGUCUUUGUGAGCCUCCUCACCCCGCCGAUCCCAGAGGAGAAGCUCGUGCGGCUGACCUGGUGGACUAGAUACAGCAAUGCUCCCGUGGUGGACCUGGAGACCCACAAACACGAGUCCGCAGAGAUCAACCCUUCCACGGGCGAGAAUGAUUUGGGGGCCAUGGACCCAGAGCCUGGACAUAAACCAGGAGCGGAGAUGCCGUGCUGGAAGAAGACGUACUUUUGGUUCUGUGGGAUGUCUGCCAACUCAACGCCCACCUUGACCAGGGAAGAGAGAGCAGCCCAAGAGCAGAAACUCACCAGCAUCGUGGAGAAGCCCCUGUGGAAGACAGUUUGUAACGUAAACGCUUUGCUCUUGCUGGUUAUCAAUGUGUUUCUCUGGGGAUAUUUCGGCUGAGGUGGGAGCCGGGGCUGCAGACAGUCCUCAACCUACUUGGCUUUGAUUCAGAACCACUACGGAUGCAAAUUGAAAAGAACAAAUUAACCUCCUCCUCCUCCUCUUCACCCCAGCCUGGAGCCAGUAGGCGACGGAGACAACAGACUGGCCCUUAGGCUCUAGAACGCUUCUUGUGCAACUUCCGAUAAUGCACUGGUUGUAGGAAAAGGUUUUAGCCCCAUGGAUUUCCCAUGGGGAACAAUAAAGCCCGGUGUGACCCGGAUUCAGAACCAAAUCAGCCUCAGCAUUCGGGGGUUUUCAGGGCAGGAUUUGACUCAACUCAAAAAGCAGGAGUCAACGAUGAGGCUUAGAGCCAAGCUCGGUUCAAAGGAAAGCUCGGGGGUUAUUCGAUUCUGGAGGCGUUAGCUCAGGCCAACAUCUGGUGCCUUGGCCUGUUCUCUUCUUUAUGCUGGUUUUACCUUUGGCCUUAGUGGAUUUAUUUCUGAUUUUCAGUGAUAGGCAGGGCAAGAGACUCAGACCAGGGUCAUUACUAUAGCAGACAAGAAAAUUCCCAUUACAACCUCCAUGACCACCUUGCUGCCCCAUAUCAGCGUUAUGGGCGAUCCCCAUAUGGACCAAUGAAAAGACCUAUGUCUACCCAUCAAGCCACCAGCAUAGUCCCUAUAAGCAAUCCCUGAAUGGUGGCCCAGGCAUGGAUUUCAUCCCUUGUCUUCAGACUGCUCUGACGCACAUUGUAGCUAUUGGACCCUUCCACGACUGAACAUCCAGGCUAAGACUUAGCUCCGCAUUGUGAGCGGGACAGCCUCUUAACCAACCAGAGACGCCUCCAGGUUAGCCUAUCAAAACAACUCUAGAUUGUGUGUUAGCCUAUCAAAAACAACCCUAAGGUAUGUGUCAGCCAACCACAAAGAAUAGCUGGAUCAGCCAAGCAGAGAGAACCCAAAGGUCCAAGGGUUGCCUGCAAAUAACAUUUUCAAUAUCUAUAGGGGACAACUGAGUCAUGUCUUUCCACUCCUGAGGGACCAUACUGCCUCCAUGGUCGUGCCUGGACCACUAUUUAUGCAUUGAACUGAUGUUGCCUUUUAACAGUGUUACCAGCAA